AUGGAUGCUGUCACACCUGAAAGGUGCAACCCUGAAACAAUGGAAGGGUACACUUACUUGGUCUAUGGAGAGGCAAAGAGAAACAAAAAGGCAGGCCAUAGCUUGUACAACCUGAGGUCACUGAUAACCUUGGACAAGGUUUGGCGACAUGGUCACCCACUACUGCGCUGCAUCAACAAGCAGGGGAACAACAUGAAGGACAUGUGCCUGGCCGUCGCAUUGUCUCGGCUUCGCAGAUGUAGACUGGAAGGAGCAACACUACAUGCAGGAUCGUCGGUUUCGACAACCCGGAAGCUCAUAUACUCACAGAUCCUCACUAAUGCCGCUGAGGGGGUCCCCGCUGAUAAUGCUGAGAAGGUCCUGGUCAAGAAUGCUGAGAAGGCGUUUGAAACGCUGGGAAUGGAGCUUUCCUUCCUCAAUGAUUGCCUCCACACUAGUUUCCCCAUGGUCUUUUGUGAAGGGUCGCUUCUCUCACUCACCUUCACUCUCCUACAGUCAGUCAUCAGGUACAGCACGGCUUUGUGGCUUAUCAUAGAUGUUGAUCAUCGAUUGGAGAGAAAAAAUACGGUACAUGAACCAUAUCUCGAUUAUAGUUUUACUGCAAUGGCCAUAGCUUGUGUCAUGGGCGUCGAUAUAUUUGAAGUCAUAAUGUACAUCCUAUCAGACUGGACAACCUUGCUGUGUAUAUGCAAGUAUGUGAAUGGCAGUACAAUAUUUAGACACUUCAUCUUUUCAUGGGGAAGAAAUAUCUUCAACAGUCACCGAAACCCAUGUCUUCGAACUCGUACAGGCCAAUACAUCUAUGUGCAGUCAUUGAGCUACAUUCCUUGGAAGUGGAAACUGCUGCACACACUCAGUAUGGGAGUGGUUGCAAGUAAGGGUGAUGGCACGAAGCUCAGCGACGCCAUCAAGCUUCCGGAGACGGUGAAGGCAAGAGUUUUCGAGGCACUAUGCAGUCUCAGUUCCAGAAGCUUCGAGGGCCAUCAUCUGCCAGCAGCAGACCUCAUGCCGCUGUGUGCAACUGAGCAGCAGGCAAAUCAUCAGCAUUAUUGGCAUGAAUGCCUUCAGCUACCAACAUGCUCUCAAGUCGUUCUUGUAUGGCACAUUGCAACCAGCUUCUGUGAGAUGAAGCUCGCCCAAGACUGGGGAAUGGACUUAAAAAACAAACAAGAGCUCCUUAUAGUAGAUGAGAAGUCUCUUGAUGGUGACCUCAAAACUAACUAUGAAGUAGCAAACAGUUUGUCUCGGUACUGCGCAUACCUUCUUGUCGCCAGGCCGGAUCUGCUGCCUGACACCAUUCUGGUGCCCAAGGUGAUCUUACAAAAGGCUGUUUCACAAGCUCAUAGAAUGCUCAGAGACUGCAAUUCUGUGCACAGCAUGUACAAGCUCCUUGCUGUAGCGCAGGAUGAACCCUCCGUACAAGACAGGCAGGAUAGAAAACUGAGCAUAGAUGUAGUGCAGCGAGGUAUGGGUCAACCUGCUUGCGCACAUCGCCCCAGCUCCAACGCAAAAGCACACGCCAAGUACUUGGAGUUUGGAGGCGAGUUCGUGACCCUCGUCUGGGCGCUCUUCUGCCACUGUGGCAUCGAGAGGAGCCAACUAUGGCAGGAGAAUGCCAACACAUCGAGGAACAGCUCUCCUGGAUCAUCAUCUCAGCAGAGCAAUGGUUGUUUGGCUCCUACCACCCAGGUUCAUCAGCAGACUGUGGUCGUCUCUGCUCCACUGGCCGCUCAGCCUGAUGGCCAUGCCAGUGACCUUGAGAGUGGUGGAGACACUGAAGAAGUCCUGGAGACCAGUCCUACUCCUCAGGGCACAUCCUGA